AAUUCGAAAAAAGCGGCAAAAACGUUGUGAAUUGUGAUAAAGAAUUUAUGGUGUAACACCACACGCCUUUUAGGAAAGUUUUUCCAUAAAAUGUGAAAUAUUCUGUUGAAAUAAUCUCUCGUAAAUGAAUGUUGUAGCUGCUUAUAAGAUGAAGAACACCAAAGCUGAAAGUUAUUAUCAUUAGAUACUUUACCUGUGAAUCUGUAAGUACUUAACGAAGACGUUUAAUAAGCAUCGAGAUAUAGAAAGUAGAAACUCAACAAUAUGGAUGAUGCUAAAUAUGAACAACUUCUUGACUUUGCUCAAAGAACAUACAAGACAGACGCUGAAAUUCAGCCGCUGCAGCAAUUUAUGGAAGAAAAUGUCGAAAUUGUCGAGAUCGUGGACACUAUUCCAAAAAUUCUGUCCAGACCGGAUGCUGUUCAAAUAGUUAGUUGCAUGUUUUUAGGAUUAUCUCAGCAGAUGAUGCCUCAGAAAAAACGGUUCAGAAUUAUUGAAGCUGUAAUCACUAAUUUAGAAUUGGAGGAAACGCCUAAUGUAAGUAAAUCGAAUGUUCUCAAUAAACUGGUACCGGAGUUGCAAAAACUUACAGCCGCUCAACUUGUUAAAAUUAGCAACGUGUGUAUCGAAUUAAUUCGAGAUCCUGAAUCUGCCUCAAAAACAGGUUGGAAAGAAUUACUCCCCAAAAUCUUGAGCUUAUUAGCUGAUAAAAGGGAAGUCUCUUGUGGAGGCACAGAUAUGACCGGAAAGGAGUACAUUCAAGAUAUUAUAAAAACUCUAUGCACAGCUAAUUUAAAUCCAGCAGUAAUCGUACCAAUGACUGCUAUGUUCUCGGAAAUCAUCAUGACCAGCGAUGAACACGAACGAGUAGUGAGAAAAAUGUGUGAUUCUUUUUCCAACAUGCUAGUGAAAAAUCUACCGUCAUUAGUGCAACAAUUACUUCGGCUAUGUAAAGACGAUCAUAGCGUUAUUGUGUUCCUAAAAUUGAGAUCUUAUUUUUCAAAAUAUUUACAUUCCUUUAUCGAUGAAGAAACCAAUCGUGAAAUGGAUGAAAAGUCAAGAUCUGAGAUUAUAGAAGCUGAACACGCCAUUAUUUCGAAUAUCGAAGACUUCGCCAGAAUUUCACGCUUAUCAGAUUUGAUGAAAUUAUGCAAAAAUGCCUCAAAUGCUUCUUGCCUCCUUCUGGAUCCUUUUUUGUUAUCAAUUUUGCUGAUCUUAUCAUGCAUGCCAGCUUACGAAACUCAAGUAUCAGAUUUACUACGAAUUAUGAUCACUCAAGCCAUCUGUGAAGAAGAACGGAAAAAAGAAUCUGCGUGGUUGUCUGGCAUAAUUGACUAUAAAUCAGAUAUCGAUCAAUUGUUUUCUUUGACCAUCCAAAGCCGACUAUGUGAAAAUGAUAAAGUUGUUAAAGGUUUGAUGAAUUUGGCCUUUUCGUUAUUGUCAUUCUCCAAUCCCAAAACCAAAGAAAGUUCGCUGAAGAAAAUUUGGCGAGUCGGUCGUAUAAUAUUAGUAUCACUGAUAAAGAAACAUAGGAAAAUAUCUAAAACUAUUCUGCAAAAUCUCACUGAUCGGAUAAUUACUGGUAGCAUUUCUAACCAAUAUACAGAUUGUCUUCUUCAUUUGUGUAAUGUUGCAUCUACGACCAUGGUUGAUCAUUUUAAUACGGUGAUUCGAAUUUUGGAAUUUAUUAAUACGAUGCCUGGUAUAGUUUCUCAACGUAUUGUCACUGCAUUGAUCCCAUUAGUACAAAUAUCAUCUACUUUACGUGAUAAUUUAAUUAUGUGUCUCCGAAAAGCGUUGUUUUCCAGAAAUAUAGAAAUCAGACAGACAGCUGUGUUGGGGUUCCUUCAACUUUUAAAAUUUCUGAAAUUACAAAAAUUAUCAACAUUCAGUCAAAAUACUCUAACACAAACUUCUUUCCAAGGUCCAAGUGUAUUCACCCAAAUAUGCAUGGACGUUCAUACACAACAAACGUACAGCCAACAGAUUAGAGCCAAUACUAAUCCAUAUGUCAAUGAAGCAAUCUGCUUAGAAGUUAUUGGAAUCCUCAAACGUUGUUUUAUGCAGCAAGCUGUUGUGAAAACAACACUCUACAAAGGCCUAUUUAAUGCAAUAUCCGUUAAUCCUGAAUUAUGUGUAACUGUUCUUGACGUAUUAUUGGACCAUUUUAAUCAGUUCUACGAAAAUGACGGCCAAACGUUACCACCAUUAUCAUUCGAUAAGCUUAUUUCAGUUCAGAAUAGUGAAGUGAUAUUACAAGAACCUAUCGGCCGAUUAAUCUUACUAAUACAAGACGUUCUCCUAAAAACGAAUUCGAUGCAUUCCAACGAUAACGAAGACGAUACUCCUCGUAGCGUUCAAAAAUUUACAGAAAUUAUGCUGUCGCUGAUAGAAAGAUUUUCGCAGUGUGAUUUGAAUCACUUUUUACUUGAUGAAACUACCAAUUUGUUUGACACUACUCCAGACAGUUUUAAAGUACAAGAAAAAGUUGGACAAAUUUUAUCUUCUUACGAAGCUUUGAUGGCUUACAUUGUGAAUUCUUGGAAUCGAGACGACACAACUCAAAUCGCCUCUAAAUUGAUAUUACUUCAUAGAUCGUAUCAUUUAGUUUCUGAUUUUGUCAAAAAUUCUGAUAAAUCGUCCAAAAAGAAAGAUACGACGACGGUAGAAAACGGCGAGAAAAAGAGGAAAAGUACAAAAAAAGAAAGAAGUUCGAUUUCCAAGAAAGACCAGUUCAAAGUGCCGCCGACGAUUUUAAGUUUGAAAACAAUCAACAGAAUGCUGAGCUUAUUUUUGUUAGAUGAAGUGGAAUGGUCAUCUGCUGAAGCCCUCAACGAAAUAAAACCUCGAAGACGCAUAUUCAAUUAUUGCAUGCAUGCCAGCUUGGAUGCUAUAAGGCAAAUGAAAGUUCGACUGAAUGAAGAGCAAAGGUCGUCAGCUGUUUUUAACGAUGUUACUUCAUUGGCCAAAUUGCUAUUUUUGAGAUGCUUGUCGCGAUACAAGGAAAUAGCUGAGUUUGAUGGACCUUCGGCUAUUGCUAGUGUUGAAUGUUUCUCAGAAGUAAUCACUCUGAUGCAAUUGCACUACCAUAGCAAAUUUCCUCAGUUUUUGCAAGAGACGGUGUUCGUUUCACCUAAUGAUGGAUUACCGAAACAAUUGUUACCGAUACUCAAAGUUUAUAAAAAUUUGCUCACUACAAUUCUAACUCCAGAUAAUUCAGACAGUAAUGCCACCACGGAAGCGGAAGACGACAUCGAUCCUAGCUCCAAAAUGCUGACGACUGUAUUAUUGACUGCUCUAAGUACAGUUGUUUUAACAUUACCAGUUGAGCAUGAAACCACCGGCAAAAUUUUAGAUUGGUUGAUUUUUAUCGCCGAAAAAUACACUUUCCCUAAUGUCAACAGUACUAAAACUUUCAUCAACCUGUUGCUAACUAUGCAAAAUCGAUGCAGAUCAGAUCUCACGUUACUGAACACUCUAAGCUUACAGCUUUGUCAUAUAUUUCCUUCUAUCAACGAAACCAUUGAGGAAAAAAAUGUAAGGCCCCUAAAUAUGGUCUCAGAUCAAAGUAAAGCCACCGUUUUUCCAAUGCUAUGCAGUACACUGAUAUCCAAUUUAGAUGACGCCGACUACAUGGUUACUAGAUUCAAAUCCGAACACAUAAUCGUUUCUUAUUUAAAAGACAGUGAAGAUGGAGCUUUAACUCAAUGCGGUAUUUUAAAACGCAGAGAGCGCGAACUUUGUCAACACGUUCUGCAUGUGACGCUAAUGACAAAAAAUAUAAUAUCGAUAGCUGCGCCAACUGGUCCUUGUUUAGAAUCACUCAUUAAGGUUUUAACUCGUAAUUUCAAUGUAUUAACUUCUUUGACAAAGUACUUCACGCUUCGUUCGUCGCCUAAUGACUUGGUUUAUCAAAAUGCGAUGUUUCAUAAAUUGGUAAAAGUAGCUGGAUCGCAAUUUUUAAGACAAGAGGCUUCUGAUUUAUUGUUAUAUGUAGAAAAGGACUACGAAAACGAAACUAAAAGUGUCAGCCAGUUAGCCACUCAAGCCAAAAAGCAAUACAUUUUGUUACCAAAAUUAGUUUCCGAAUUGGAAUAUUUCUCAAAAGCGGUGAUGCAGCUGGGUAAAAAGUGCAAGGAUACUGCCAUAUCUAAUUACGUGAAAUUAACCAUCACCAGAGAUUUUAGAUUGAAUGCUAAAAAAGUCGACGAAGUUUUUAGUAGACGAAAUGAGAGCUCUACCGAAGAUGAAGAUGAAUCGACUGGAAACGCUUCAACGUCGGUUACUAAUGGUAAUACCACUACUUUAGGUGCUAGCCGUGUUUCGCAGGCGUCUCAGCGAGUAGUGAACGGAGUUUCACAGACGACUCAGCGACGUGCAAAUGGAGUUUCUCAGACGACUCAGCGACGUGCAAAUGGAGUUUCUCAGACGUCUCAGCGACGUGCAAAUGGAGUUUCUCAGACGUCUCAGCGUCGUGUUAAUGGUGUUUCACAACCUUCUCAGAAGCGUAGAAGGGUUUCUUGAAUUUGCUCAGUUUUUUAUUUUUUUUAUAUACUCGUAGUCUAUGUUUUUUUUAUGUUCGUGAAUUUUGAAUUUUGAUACCUCAAAUAUUAAAUAAGUGAAAAGAAA